AUGCCGGAGCCGAGUCCUGGCCCUCGGGAGGGCGUGGGCGUUCUUCCAGCCGCGCCCUCGCCCGCCCCUGAUCACCCCCCUCCGCAGGGCCCCUCCCCCUCCUACCUGGACGGCGGCCGCGACCCGUCCUCGGCUGCCUCUCGACCCUCCAAGACCCUCGCUCUCCAGGUUGUAGACACCAACGCGACCUCGCUGGUGACGCCGCGAUUGGCAUUCACCAGCGAGUGUCUUGCUCCGGAGUCCGAGGACUGCACAGCCUCCCCCUGCCUCAACGGCGGCCGCUGCGUCAAGCUUUCCACGGGACAGAGGUGCGUGUGCCCGGGCGGGUCGUGGGGUCCUCGCUGCAAAGUCCUCGCCCGCACCUUCACGGCCUCCGGCUGGGCGUGGGUGCGCCACCUUCCGUCGUGCCUUCCCACCACGAUCUCCUUCCGGAUUCUCACACGCUGCCCAGACGCCUUGGUCUUGUACUCGGGUCCCCUCACGCCCGUGCCCAGACGGCCAGGCUCCCUUCCCUCGCCCAUGAUUGCCGUUCAGGUCGUGGGCGGGCGGCCACAGGUGCUGCUCGAGGGCGUGGGCGAGAGUGUGAAGGUAGAGGUGAAAGCAGUCGUCAACGACGGAUAUUGGCAUACCGUCCACGUCCUUGUUGACACGCAGGUAAGACGACUUGUCUGGCGCGCAUCACAAAACGCCAGUCGCAUUCCCGUUCGCAGAGUAAUGAUUCUUGCCGUCCAGGGCGUGGCGCUCAUGGUCGACCUGUGCGGGCGAGGCUUCGAGGAGUCCCCGAAGGACGACAGUCACUGUGUGGUGCGGGCGUCCUGGGCCAACAAAAGGAGUUCGGAGGCGUGGGCGUGGGCUGGGCCCCUGCAGGUUGCUGGGCUGGCGCAGGAAGCGAUGCGUCCUGAAGACUUCGGCUGGUCAGAGACGCCCACGACGCAGCCGCUGGAGGGCUGCAUCUCCCACUUGACACUCAACGGUCAGUUGGUGGACCUGGGAGAGCCGCCCUACAGCCAGGGCAGCGCGGCCGGGUGUCAGCCCCAGGAGACGGCGUGCGGAGGCAAGCGCGGCAGCUGCGGGCUGCGGGGCGAGUGCGUGGGAGGGCUGGAGCGCCCCGAGUGCGAGUGCGAGCCCGGCUGGGCGGGGCCCGAGUGCAGCACGCCCACGGUCCCGGCCUCGCUGGGCUCUUCGUCGUGCAUGAAGGUGGCGCUCUCGUUCACGCCGGGGCCGCGCGUGGUCAAGAUGCAGCUUCGGGUGAGAACGCGGGGCGCCCGGGAUGGCCUCCUGCUCCACCUGGCCGCGCAGCAGAGGAGCACCGGCCUGACCCUUCGAGUGAGUCUUGUGCAAGACUUACUGCAAUGCCUAUCCCUUACGUUUCCGUACUUGUGCAACUACCAGACUAAUGCUGACUUGCAUUUCCAGCUGAGAGCAGGGGUCGCCUGUGCCUCCAUGUCGGGAGCUGGGUGGGCCGUGCGGACAGUGUGCGUAGACGGCCGCUCUCUGGGGGACGGUGCGUGGCAUACCUUGAGGGUCGAGCGCCAUGCCCACAACCUGCUGGUCAGCGUCGACGACGGCGACGGAUGGCGGAGGAACGAAUCCAUGCCGAGCCUCACCGCGCCCAUGGUGGGGGGAGGGGCGGCAGGGGGGCCGUCGCAGGCGGUUGAGAUCCUCGACGGAGUAACGUUGGGCUGCUUACCUGACGACGUGACCGGCGAUGUUAACAGCGAUCUGAGUGACACCUGCGUCGACGAUAUACGUGUGUCAGGCAGGUUAUUGCCGCUCGCUCCAGCUGUCAAUGCCACCAGCUGGGGUCAAGUUGACUCGUGGGACCAGCUGGAGAGUGGUUGCCCUUCUCCUGCCUCUUGCGUCAACACCACCUGUGUCCCGCCACUCACCUGCCACACCACCUGGGAUCAUGCCAGUUGCAGGUGUGUUGAAAGGGGCCCACAGUGCCAUUCGCAUAUUAAAUAUUCCAGAUUCAUAUAA